AUGAAGUCAUUUGUAAGAAGUGCAGGCCAGAGAGGAAUGGAAAAACUGUCAACAGGAAUAUCUGGGCUAGAUGCCAUACUCGGAGAAUGCUUCACAAGAGGGACAUCCAUUCUUUUACUAGAAGACGAAAACUCUCGGAUUCACUCGACAAUCCUAAAGGUUUUUCUUUCCGAAGGUAUCUACAACCAAGAAAGCACACUGGCUGUGGUGAAGGAGGGCGGGGAUGUGGAGGUAUAUGACACCGGAUCAUCCAUGGAGCAAGAGAACGAAGACAGGAUGGUAAUAGCCUGGAGGUAUUCCAAGUUAUCACUGGGAAGGCCUGCAUUCAAAUUCAAUCUUUCCAAGAAAAAGAGGUUUGAUGGAAUUUUACUUUCUGGAAAGAAGGCAACACUAGAAAGCAUUUUAGACAUAGCAAGAGAAGAAAGGGAGCUAAGGAUAGCAGUGUUCUCGCUUGGAUCGCCAGCCUGGAGACUCUCUGGGUAUGAGGAAAAGAAGAUGAUGAGGUUUCUUUUUGAACUUAGAAGACUUUCCAGGAUCAACAACCACAUAUAUAUGGUUUCUGCCCCUGGAUUCAUGAUGCCCGAUGCAAACUUCAGCCUGUACUUUGAUACAGUGGCAGAGUUUGACUCAAAUAUAUUCAGCCGUUUCUGUCCAAAUUACAAUGGGGUCCUGGAGUUUAAGAAGAUCGGAGGCUAUGGAUGUCUUCGAAUCAACUCUCUCGAAAGCUUGAAGUACGGUGUGAAAAUAAGGAAGGAAAGCAUCUGUGUGGAGAAAGUCGCCAUGCCGCCGGAGGAUGUUAAGCCGCCUGGGAAUUCUUGUAUUCAAGAUAAAACCUUCUAA